AUGGCCUAUGAAGCCAGGUUCCUGGGGUCCAAGUCCAGGCUUGCCAUUUACCAGCCAGGCUGGGCUUGCAAGCCUCUGGCCCCUGGCUGCGGGAUAGGAGCUAGAAGCUGCUUAUCGGCUGGGCAGCAGCAGAGCUUGUCCGUGGAUGGCUUUUGGAUGCAGGUAGAGUGGAUCCAACAGAAGGUUGGGCUGCAGGAGGAGGAUGGCGGCGGGGGCAUAGACCUGCUCCCACAGGGAGAAGUCGGAUCCCCGUGGCUGCAGGAUACGGGCCUGCCAGGCCUCCUUGGAGGCCAGGGCUUGGACGGUGACCACCAGGGGCUCCUGUCCACCCUGACGCAGACCCAGAGGGCUGCUGUGCGCCGGCUGGACGUCUACACCCGCUCAACCCAAAGACGGCACGAAGCACCUGCCGGAGGUGUCAGGGACAUCUUUGGGGGCUUCAGUUCAACGGUGAUGUUUUCAGAGGAUGGGGACUCGGUUAGGAAACAGACCCAGCUCAGUUCCGGGGCUUCUAAGUCUCCUCCGGGUGCUCGGCCGCAGAAUCUGGGCGGAGGCAGGAGUUUAGGAUCCCCAAAGGCAGAUUUGGGGAUAGGAGACUUGUGUCUACAGGACAUGCGGGAGAUCUCUGCUCUGGCCCUUGACCCCACCACUGCGCCUGGCGCCCUCCUUGGCUUGGUCCUGAAGAGGAGUAAGACCGGGAAGCAGGAGGCACAGGUCUGUGGUCCUGGUGCUUCAGAAACUCUCAUCGAGGGAGCUGUGUGGAGAAUCUUCCACGAACACAUACUUAGCUGCCGUAUUUCUUUCUGUUAUUUAUAUACAUAUACGUGUAUUUUUGCACAUGAAAACAAUCCCUACUCAUUGCCAUCUGAGGCCUGUCCUCAUGGCAUCAGUGGCAGAGCAAACCCUGCCACACAAAAAACACGCCGAGGCGUGCCCCUCGACUCCCUGCUGGAAGCUGACUGCAAAGCCCUCCUCAGCACCCCGGGCCCGCUGAUCCUUCAGGCCGCGCCCCUGUACGCUGCUGGCCUUUUCAGCGGGGAUGAGUGUCCCCACAACGACACGUCCAAGUUGCUCAAGAGGUUCCUCCAGGAGCUGCCCAGCACCUCCCCGCCUCCGCCGCGCUGCCCAGUCGCCUCUUUCUUGGUCUCUCAGGUGCGAGAACUGAAUAACAGCAGUGCGCGCCCCCAGCUCUGCGACGGGGGCCUCGAGACCUGGCUGCGAAGAUUACACGCAGAGAGGGACCAGGUGAGUGUCCCCCACGCCACGGGGACAAGCGCCACUCCCAAAGUGGCAAAGGUCCAGGUGACCCGGCCUAUCACAGAUCCCCGGGCUCUGACCCCCAGCACCAAAGUAGCCCAUAUCCUCAGGCUCACAGAGCGCCUCAGUCCUGGUUCACAGGGUCAAGAAGGCAGUAAGAACAGAGGAAGCAGACAGCCUCCUUCCUCGAUAAGGGUCACUUCCUUGAGACAGGAGACUUUCCCCUGCAGGGGGAAGAUGCAAAGAGAGGUCAGCCCCUCAGAACUGAAGGCCACGGACAGGUUCAACUUGCUGCUCCUACGUCACCACAGAGGAUGGAAGGAUGACAUGACCGAAUCUGCAGCCACUCCGCAAUGA